AUGGAGCGGGAGGGCGGCGGCCCGGGGCCCCCCGCGCCCCACGAGCCCAUCAGCUUCGGCAUCGACCAGAUCCUGGGCGGCCCCGAGCCCACGGGGCCGCACCGGGCGGCGGCAGAGCCCGACUACGGGCUCUACGGGAGCGGCUACGGCCCCAGCGGUCCGCUCGGCUCCUACAACCUCAACAUGAGCAUGAACGUGAGCGUGAACGUGACCCCCGCGCCCGCCGCGCCGCCCGCCGGAGUCAUCCGCGUCCCGGCGCACCGGCCCGCGCCCGCCGCGCCGCCCGCCGCGCCCGCCGCGCCGCCGCCGGGGCCCGCGCUGCCGGGGCUCACCUUCCCCUGGAUGGAGACCACCCGCCGCAUCGCCAAAGACCGGCUCUCAGCCGCGCUGUCGCCCUUCGCGGUGACGCGGCGCAUCGGGCACCCGUACCAGAACCGGACGCCGCCCAAGCGCAAGAAGCCGCGGACGUCCUUCUCCCGGGUGCAGAUCUGCGAGCUGGAGAAGCGCUUCCACCGGCAGAAGUACCUGGCCUCGGCCGAGCGGGCCACCCUGGCCAAGGCCCUCAAGAUGACGGACGCCCAGGUCAAGACCUGGUUCCAGAACCGGCGCACCAAGUGGAGGCGGCAGACGGCGGAGGAGCGCGAGGCGGAGCGGCAGCAGGCCAACCGGCUGAUGCUGCACCUGCAGCAGGAGGCUUUCCAGAAGAGCCUGGCGCAGCCGCUGCCGCAGGACCCGCUCUGCAUGCACAACUCCUCGCUCUACGCCCUGCAGAACCUCCAGCCCUGGGCCGAGGACAACAAGGUGACGUCGGUCUCCGGGGUGGCCUCUGUGGUGUGAGGGGCCCCUGGGUGCCGCUGAUGUGCCAGGAGGUGGCACUGGGAGCCCGCUGGGCUCUGAGCCUGGACCGUGGCGGGGAAGGGGCUGCAGCC